CUGGGAACAUUCCUCCUAGUGCCUUCCUUAGCCUUCUUUGUCCAAGGGCACAUCACUGUCCCAUGUUCAACUUGGUGUCCAGUGGGAUCCCCAGACCCUUCUCUGCCAAGCUGCUUUGCAGCCACUUAGCCCCCAGCAUGUGCUGAUGCACCCUCUGGGCCCAUCCAGUCAGUUUUCAGUCCACCUCACAGUCUCCCCAUCUGACUCAGACUUCAUCAGCUUCUCUGUGAGAGUCUCACAGGAGGCCACACUCAACAAUAUCCUCUGCUCUGCUCUCUUACACCAGGUCUGUCUGUCCACAUUGUAGCUGAAACCUAAAGACAGAUUUGCUGUCAUGCCCAGGGAAAAAUAUUUUCUGAUAGGAGAGAAUUGUGAAUUCAUAGUCAGUUCUGGCCUUACUAUAGCAUAGUGGCUAAAAGUAAGCAUAUGGCAAUGUCUGCACUUUUAAAAUUGUUUUUUUUCUGAAGAGUUUGUUCAUAAGUGACUUCUGUUAAGCUGGCUGUUAAAGGUACUGGCAGCGAGCAGCCAAGUCCUGCCAGAUCAUAGCAACUGGCAGCCAUAUAAAAGCCAUAUAUUUUUUCUUUGCAUGUUUAUCUAUUCAAUUAGAUCUUCUACCUGUUUGCUUUUAUGCAGUCCCACCUUAAUGGUCCCUGUCUUGUGUCUGGAUUCAUAAAAUAGAUUUAGUAGCCAAGGAAGGGAGGAUACACAGAUUUCUAAUUCCAAUUCUGACAUGUAGACUCUGUGUUAUAUGUAAAUCUCUCUGCUUGUUUUAACCUAGUUUAUCCAACCAAAGGAUUUAAAAAUAUAUUUGAAUUGAUCAGAAUCCAUAAGUAUGAGGUUCUGACUGAUAAGUUCUGGUAACUUACACCAAAACAAGAAAGGAAUAUCUUAGAGGAGUGUGAGGCAGCUAAAGAAAAAUUGUGACUGGAGAGACUUCUCUGCAUAUUGUUUCAGGUGAACUUAUAGAUUUAGGAGGAGGUAAGCAGAACAGAAAGUGAUGUGUGAAUCAGAAUGUCAUGUUCCAAGCACACUUAUCUUUACACUUAUAAGCAUUUAGCUAUGUGCCUUCCAAUGCUUUUAGGUCAGUUGGUGAUUAAAACUCCUAAGAUUUGGCAGGUUUUCCUGGGAAGAGGAUACACUCUCAAAGUUACUUGCCUUUUUCUUUGCUUUCAUGUCUGACAUUACCAGGAAUCUCGAACAUGAGAUAAAAUUUGUUUUAAAAGUAAUCAUGCUCCUUGCAAAGGAGGCCUGUGUCUUUGCCCCCUCUCCCUUUAGAGAAAGGAAAGUAAACCUGUGGUUUGGUUGAUGCAGAAUAGGAUUCACUUAAAAAUGUAGUCUCUGGAGAAGAAGUGGUAGUACUGUCAAAACUGCAUCUUCCUAAAGUGAUAGGCAAGUGACUCCCAUGAAAGCAUCAAAGGACUUCUUCCACCAUACCAUGACAAGAAUAUUUUUCCUGCUAAUCAAAAGCUGAGUAAUUUAGCAGCAUCCAGGUAAAAACUGUCCCAAAUCUAGUCUAAAAUUCUCCCCUUUUUGAGAUUUGUGCUUUUUGUUUCACUUAAAAUCUGUAAGGUCUGCAUGUGUGGAGGGGUGAUGUGGGAUGAAUCCAUACAAGAUCCUGAGAGUUCUUUUCAGGGUCAAUGUAUCCAUAUCAAGAGUUUAACCAUAUCAUGGUUGUGUGCCUUGACAUUGUCUCAGGCUCAUUUUAUGUUGUAGCUAUAGAUUAAAGCUCAAACACACUAAGUAUUUUUAUAUUGCAAAUAAAUUCAGUUGUUGAAGCCACCAUGAGAGCUUUAGACUGGCAUUGAUACAUCCAGGGAAUAGCUGAAUUUCAGCACUAAAGGAGUGAGUAUUUGAUGUUGGAGGUGAUUUAUUGAUUUUUGGCAAUGCAAGAACUGAAUUUUACAUUCUGAAGAGAAAUUUAUUUCCUAUCUCAAAUAAUCCUGACAAUAGAAGUUUUCUACUGUGAGGUGAGAUGAGCAUCCAUGACGAGGGUAAAGGAGGCCCCACUGCUUUUAGUGGCAGCUUACCACUUUAUUGGUUUAGAGCUGUCAUAAAACUUUACCUACUUUACCUCAACCAAGCCUCCACUGCUACCUGAUUGUGACAAAGGACUUUAACCACUUUUAGAGAAAAAGUUAAGAGUUGAAAAAAACCCACAUCUAAAAUUAUUAUGGCUGGCUACUAACUUACUAAAUGAAUGGAAUGGUUUUUGGUCUUUUCAUAAUUAUAUCUCCAUUAGUGCAUAGUUUUUUCAAGUUGUGAAGAAAUACUCUGCAAUCAUAAGGGGAAGAUAACCUUUAAUAAAAAUCUAGAUUCUGAGAUUGCAAUUCUGUAUCAGAUUAACCAAGAUUAAUAGUCACAUUAAGCCUCAACAGUGUUGUUACUGCCCAUGUAACCAAUGUGUUUGCAGAAGGAAGCAGCUUUCUGGGCAAAAGUCACAAUCUUUGAUGAAGGUUUACCUAGUAGCAAUUCUGCUGGUACAAACUGAGAAGUAAAUGAAGAGUUUGCUAAUCCUUCCACAUGCAGUAUUUGAACACAGAGUACAGCCUGGCUGUUUCCUCUCUUGUUUAGGUGCUUUAAAAAUAGACAUUGCAUUUUCCAGGUGUUUGCAGGUAGGCCUCUUGUGCAGUAAGUAGGAGGGUUUGAUAGAGAAGAAACCCGAUGUUUAAAGGAUGUGGGAGAGAGAAGUGCAGGAUAUCUUUUGCUCAACAACCACAGGAAUUAGUGACAUAACUUCUCAAACUCUUAGACAUGCCUUAACAUGAGGGGAAAGGUAUCUUCCUCCUUUUCUUCCCCUAGUUACUCCCUCCUAAAAAUAAUUUGCUGUUUUAAGACAAAUUCAAAUUGAUUCCUUUUCCACUCUAUCCUGUGCACUAACCCCCUUGGUCUGCCAGCCGGAACUUCCUCUGUUUUUCUGCUCUUGAGAGCAAAACCAAAUGUUUUGGACUUUGCUGUUUUCACUUGUUCAUAGUGGUUUAAAUUGAAGUCUGGAAUAUCUGUAAGAGGAAAUGUUUUGAAAUGUUUUGAAAAGUCUUGUGCUCAGUGUUCUCCACUGGCCACAGUGUAUACUCACAUGUCAGUGCUGUUCACUUAAGAGUUGAACUCGAUGCUCCUUGUGGGUCCCUUCCAACUCAGUGUUCUCUGUGAUUCUGUGUGUGUGAUUCCUGCAACCUCUGUUCCUGCCUGUGUGCAGUGGUGGGGGUGGGAAAAUGCACAUCUGCACCUGUGUGAGCACAUCUGCCUACCCCUGGAGAAGUUAAAGUUAUUUGGGGAGCAUGUGGGUGAAUUAGCAGAUUAACUGUAGGCAGGAAGGCUGCUAAGAACGAUUUUAACUUGAACCUUGAGUGACUGUCUCUGACUUGAAACCUCUGACUCUUUCAUACCAAGUAAACUAUUGCUGUUAGGUAAGAGCAAGGAACUGUUCCUUCCUUUGGUCUAAGUAAUUCUUUUAGAAGAAGAUGGGUAAUAGCUGAACUAAAGGAAUAUAUGGAAUUCUGUUGUGAUUCCAGCUGGAGCAGCUCUCAGUUAAGGCCUUCCACUGGAGAUAGGCACUCCACAUAUGAGAUGUGGUUCUUGCUCUGUGAGCUCUCACUGUGAAGCUUGUUAGCCAAGGUAAUUUGAGCUAAUCUUUCUAACUUUGCACUGGAACAGAGUGAGAGCAUUCAUACAGCCGAUUCUAGGGGCUCACAACGGGGUGGUAACUUGAAGAAGGGCUAGUAACUUUGAACUAAAAAAGAGGUAUGCAACAGUGUUUGCAUCUAACCAGAAUUUAUCAACCAAAAUGGUAAAAAUAACAAAUAAGAUGUGCUUGGAUAUGUGUUUUUAAUUUACUUGCUUGUUUUUGUUGGGCUUAUAUGCACAGUGGGCUGUAGUUGUUUGGGAACUGGUUAUAAAGCUUCUUAAUAUCUUUCUAUUAAUCUCUCUGCUUUUGUUCUACCCUCUACUGUGAAGUUUUCUGUCAUGGACAGAGUUCUUCCACUGCUUUGGUCAGAGAAAUCCAGAAUUUCUUCGUCUCUUAGCUGGAAAUCUCUACUUGGGCAACACCUUUUUGUAGUCAAGGAGUGUAUACGCAGCUUCUUAGAGCACAGAAUUGGCAGAAGUGCUGUCAAUGGUUUUCUGAAGAAAAUCCAACUAAAUUAACCAACAUGUCUUUAAAAGUUGCACUACUUUUUUUGGCUGCAUAGGUGACACCUGAGCAGAUGUUACCUUCACAUGUAGUAGUAUCAAGAGCAUGUGCUGCAUAAUGCUUUUGUUUGCACAUGAUCUAGAGUAUUCCAGAUCUCUGGACCAUUUUCUUCUCUUUAUCACGCCUACUUUGCUCAGUGCAGUGGGUCCUGGAGGGAGGAAGGAGGAGAGGCAUGGCCCAUCAGUGAACCGACGUCUUUGCCUCCCUUCCUCUCUAUUUUCCCUCUUUUUGCCCUUGUAGCAAUAUUUCCAGAGCCUCUUUGCAAUACUGACGUCUGAGCUCCCGAUGUGGGGAGGGGAGAGGUGGGAAAAUCAGAAGUUUUGGCUUUGUUGUGUCGCACUUUGCUCCUCAGGUCUGCAGAGCCUGGGAGAGAGGCCGGGCUGAGUUACUCGGUGUUAGCAGAGGGGGAUGGGAUUGUGCUGCUGUCUGUCCACACCUCACUCACCAUGUUGACUUGCCUUGCUGCUUGGAAACUGCUUAUCUAUGGAGUUAAUCAAAUGCAGAUCAGAGUUGCAUUCCUUGGGCUGAACUGAUUCUUCUUGGUCCAGUCUUUUGCAGAUAGGGAUCGAGGAUUUCAUGUGCUUCGUGUUUUCAGGGAAAGGCAAACUGACAUCUUGGCUGAAUCCCAAGGAAUGGAGUGGGUGGCAGAGUUUAUAUAUGGGCUGGGGGUUGAUUUGGCUCUAGCUGCUGUGUAAAGUUCACUUUGACAGCUGAAAGAUGCAGAGAGAAGCACUUUCAGAAUUAGAGACAGUGAGGUAAUGAGAAAGUGACAUAGGAAAGGAAGUGGAGGGGGGGGAGGUGGGGGGAAGGGAGGGCUCAAAACUCGCCUUGACAUCAUCUGAUAGGUUUUCCACCCUGUGCAGCAGCUAUUUUUAUGCUUUCAACUCACAGUAAUUACAGCUCAAUGACAGCCAACUUGCCAAAAGCAGGGGUGGUGGUAUAUCCCAGAGUGGGUUGGAGGACUGAAGAGCUGCUCAAAAGCUACAACAGAACUGCAGGUUCCCAGGCAUGGUUCCUGCUGCUGUGACCUAUUUUUACAUCUGCAUGGUGGUUUAGCUUUGGCUACCUGUCAUGUCUAGGAGUUUUCUGAAUGCUGAAUGGCAGCACUAGCUGUCACCAGCUGGUUGAAAAGAUAAGAGUAGAUAAAUUUCAGGCUCUUCCUGAGAACUGGAGAAGCAAAAAUGUAUGGUGCUCCCAGCCUCACUUUUCUUCCUCUUCCUAAAGGUCACUGUUGGUGGGAGACACUGGUGGUGGAUCCUGGGAAUAUCCACAGCGAGCUCACGUUACAUAGAUGUGAUCCCUGGCUGAAAAAUAAGGAACACAAGUGUCAGUGUGCAGUCUGUAUUUAUUUUGAAGUAUAAAAUGAAUUGAGUUGUAAGACAUCAAAGCUUCACAGUGAUGUAGUGCAGCAUUCUAUUAUUUUCCCAGCUUUUGUCUACUUGCUAGAAAUCUCAGACAAAUCUUUAAAUGUAGUGGGCUCAUACUUCUUUCUUAGGAUUCAUCUGGCUUAGACCUUGGCUGAGAUCUCUCUCAUGUUGCCUGAGAGAGCAUAUUUUACAGCUGUUUGCAAAUUUUUAGCAGUACAUUGUUUAUAUUUCAUCACUAAAUUACAUGCUUGCAGAUCAUUGCAGGCAUUGUGUCCUGUGAGAACAUUAUUACUGGGGGAAAAAGGAGAGCCUGUACUGAGCUGCAGAGAGGACUGGAGGUGAAAGGAGGAGAAAAAUGCACAUUUGAAGGUGGUGAUGGAGAUUAUGAGCACAUUUUUUAUCUGCUUAAUAAUUUGGAUUUUAAAAUGCAGUAUUUUUGAGAAAAAAGAAACUAAUGAUGCAGUUUUGUGUUACAGCUGAGCUCAUCCAAGUUCUACCCUAUGUCAAGAUAGUGUGGCUUCUCUCUCCCUUCCCCUGGCUUUUGAAGGUAGAUACAAGAAAUUAAUUAAUUAAAUUUUGUGUGUUUUAAGGUACCACUACUUUGAGUAGUGAGUAGGUAGUGGUACCUCAAAUGCAAGUGUUGCAUUUCAUGCCCACCAGGCCUCAGAAGGAGCAGCUGUAUCUGUGCAAGCCAUGUGUGCACCUGGUGCAGCAUCUUAAGGUAGAAUGCAUCCCCACAUUCUGCAUCUCAUUUCACACUUGAAAUUCAAAGGAUGUACUGCUCAACUGAUGUCUCAUGGAAUAGAUUAUGAAAACUGGGCCUGAUGUUUUUCAGAUGGGAAAUCUGUGGCACAUACUUAGGUCCCCUUGGUAAAGGUGAUUGUUUUACCAAUAGCACUUCUGCCAAUUCCAGGGUAAAAGUUGUGCAAGACACUGAAUAUUGGGCGUCCAUUAGUGGGGGUGAUCCUACUUUUCUAGAGUGGUUAAGCAACUGAAACUGUUGCUGAAAUCCUACCUCUGCUGUGAAAUGGGUUUUCCAAUCUACCCUGCUGAUUUCCAGAGUAAUUGUCAAAGUUACUUGUUCUUACAGUACAUUGAUAUUUCUGUCCAUGUGAUUACUGAUCAGAGUUUCAGAUCUCUUAUCAGUAUAUCAGGAUCCAGUAAAACAAAUGAAACUUUAAAAAACUUUUUAGAUGUUUAUAAACAAGUGAAAAUGGUGUCAGUAUUUUGUACAAGACAGGUUGCUCUUGGCCUUGACUUAUCCCUUAGAGUCCAUGUUUUGCAAGGAGGAACCUCACAAGUGCUUGCUCGUGUGUGGAAGGGUAUCCUCCAAUCUAGGCCCUUUGGAGUUUAUCUUCUUACAGCAUAGGGGACAUUAUCCACGUCCUCUUUGGAGUGCUGUGACCCAGAUAAUUUGGAUAAUUACUCCUCUUAGAGCACUAACUAAUGCUGUGGGGAAAAUUUUAUACUGUAAGACAAAAUUUAAAAAUAUCUUCCUCAGCAAAUAAAAGAUUUACCUAACUACCAUUGAGCCUGUCAAGUGUCUUUCUAUCCAAGCUGUUUUCUGCAUAGGAAAAAAGAAAGAUGUGUCUGUGUACAUACCUGCAGCUCUGCAACAAUACAUUGAAAGGAUCAGAUUUUCAUCAGUUCUUAAAGUUUUCUUCAUCAGAAGCUGGACAACGUGUUAGGGCUGUUUUGGCAAUACCUGGGUAUUGGCAGGUGCUGCAUGAGCAGCUAGCUUGUGUUUUUCAGUUUUGUAUGCUGUAGUGACCUGCUAACUCAGAGGCCCUGGUUGGCAGAAUAAUAGUAGCUUCUGACCUCUGUAGCUGAAUCUUGUCAUUUUUACCAUCCAGAUGGUAUAUUGCUUGCCAGGAAAAGUAGAGCUGGUGUGGCACUGGAUAAUUGUUCUUUAGUUAUUACAGGUAUGGGACCUCUGCUCAGAGUAUCAGGCCUUACUCAAUGUGCAGUUUUGUGUUGCUGCUGAAAGGAGAGGUCUAGACAAUAUGUUUCUUUAUCUUCUCCUUCAUCCUGUCUUUAGAACUCUUGGGCUGUGCUGGGUCUGUUUCCCAAGGCAGCUCUCCACAGUGCUGUGACUGCUAAUGCUCAUGCAAAAACAGGCUCUUCUAUUUGUGCAGUAAUUUGACCUUACUGGCUAAAGUUCAGUGUGAGACUGAACCUUCACCUGACUUUCACAAAUCCUAAAAUUAAGAUUAAAAUUUCUGUUGAAUAUAUGAUGGUAAUUCAAGAGUAGUGCAAUUACAGAGCUUUAUAUUAUCACCAAAGCUACUUUUUUACUCACAGGAACAUUGGAGUUUGGAUUCUUUCCUGGGUGGAGGUUGAACAUUUCAAAGUAAGAAGAGUACUGUUGAAAGUGCUCAGAAAUGUCACUGAUGCCAUCUAGCAUUUGGUUGAACACUACUUUUCUUAGAUAUUAGUUUCAUUAUUAGAAACAUUUUUUCCCUGAUUGUAAUUCCAGCCUUGCUUUAUAGAAUGGCUUGAAUGCCUCUCAAACUGUUUGGAAAUGAGAAAAUUGAGUGGGAUAGGAACAGAAUAUGAAUUGGAAACUGUUCCUGUAGUUUUUAGAGUAUUCGUCUUUUUAUUUUUGCUAUGUCUGUGUGGUUAUCUUUGUUUCAGGUGUGUAGGAUGACACUGAUUACUAUUAAUCUUUUUUUUUUUUCCUGGAAAGGUAACAAGAAUACUUUUUUAAGGUAUCAUUGGACAACUCUUUUUUUUUUUUUUUUUUUUCACCACAGACUUCAUUGCAUCUCUUAUGAUUCAUGCUUAGCAAAAUUAAAAACCCACAAAGCUACCAGUUGUACUGGUGAGAGGGCCUCCUGAUUGUUGCUCAGAUGGAACAUGUCUUUCCCUGGCCAAUUCCAGUACCGUGCUGGGCAGUGUGUAUAACCAAAAUAUGUCAGCCAUGUGGCAUCUGUUCAUGAUGCACAUGAAAUAAACUCGAGAUGAGGUGACUGCUCCCAUGCAACCACAGAUUCUGAAAGUCUAGUGCUUGCAGAAGAGGGUUAUUGAUUUGGGGCUGCAGAUUAUCUUCAGGUAGGUGUUUCUACUAGGUUGGGAGAAAGGAUUUAAGGGAAGAGGGGGUGAGAACAUGUGCUUGCACAGAAGUAGCCUGCUCUUACCUGUGUGUGGUCUCAGGGCAAAUGCAUACGAAGACUCUGUUUCUUAGAUUAUCAGUUUAGGUUUCUCCACAGCUAAAACUCUUGUUUCCAAGGGUUUAAGCAAGAAGGGAGAGAAAGCACUUGUCUUCUGCACUCGGAGCAGGGGUAUUCUCCUAGCUGUGUGCACAGCGUGCUUGCAGUCGGGAGAUGCAUGGGGAGAGAGGGUACUGCUCAGUCACAUGAUAUUGCCUGUCUGGCAGGUGUCUGCAGUGUGAGUAGAGAAACCAACUGUUCACUAUUUUGGGUGAAUGAGGUUGGCUGUUACUGCAAGUGGCCCCACAAAGAAGUCCACGCAUCUGUCGAUAAGCUGUGCUCUGCAUACGGGGUGCCCGAAUGCUUAUAGCUACUUGCUGCAACAGGGAAGUUUCUGUCUGAGCUUUGAGAUCGUAGGAAGAAAAAUUUUGCCAAGAGCCUUGCUGGUUUUAAUCUUUAGAUGUUGGCUGUCAGGGUUUCUCUGUGCCUACAGAACCUCUCUGUUCUGAUGCAAGCACAGCCUUGGAAUCUAGCAGUAAACUGAUUUUUUUCUGCUCUACCGCUUGGUGCAGUGACGGAAACCUGGUAGAGAGGGAUUGCAGUUAGGUCUCUUGUGAGGAUUAAGAACCCCUUCCACCUGCCUGGACGCCUCCCGUGUUACUGAAUCCGCCUUCAGGUCCAGGGAUUUCCUCUAAUAUGUUGGAUAAAGCCAAGACACUCCAGCCUGCCUAUGUCGGGAUUGUGCCGCUUGCAGAGACUGUGUCAAAGCAAGGGAAGAGCUGUUCAAGCACAUACCAGGAUUCAUACCACAGCUUACGAGAAGUGCUGCAGUUGAAGCUCCAGCAGCGACGCACACGGGAGGAGCUGGUGAGCCAAGGGAUCAUGCCGCCUUUGAAAAGUCCAGCUGCAUUUCAUGAACAAAGAAAGAGUUUGGAGCGGGCCAGGACAGAGGACUAUCUGAAACGUAAAAUCCGGUCCCGGCCAGAGAGAUCAGAGCUGGUUAGGAUGCACAUUCUGGAAGAGACCUCAGCUGAACCCUCCUUGCAGGCUAAGCAGCUGAAGCUGAAGAGAGCCAGACUGGCAGAUGACCUCAAUGAGAAGAUAGCACAGAGGCCAGGGCCCAUGGAGCUGGUGGAGAAGAAUAUCUUGCCUGUGGAAUCGAGCCUAAAGGAAGCUAUUAUUGUUGGACAGGUGAACUACCCAAAGGUUGCAGACAAUUCUUCCUUUGAUGAGGACAGCAGUGAUGCCCUCUCCCCAGAACAGCCAGCCAGCCAUGAGUCCCAAGGGUCUGUCCCAUCGCCGAUGGACUCUCGGAUUUGUGAGCCUCUCCCUAGCACCACUGCUACAUCACUAGCUCAGGGUUCAUCCCAGUUGCAGAUCAGUGCAGACUCCAGUGAAACUCUUUUCCUACCUGAGCAGCCACCUCCGCCACUGCCACCUCCACCUCUUCUGCCCCCUAGUCUUACCAAUGGAGUGGCUCUUACUGCUGCCAAGCCCCCACCAACACUCAUUAAGCAAAGCCAGCCCAAAUCUGCUAGUGAGAAGUCCCAGCGCAGUAAAAAAGCCAAGGAGUUGAAGCCGAAAGUCAAGAAGCUUAAAUAUCAUCAGUAUAUUCCCCCGGACCAAAAGCAAGACAAGGGAGCUCCUCCCAUGGAUUCAUCCUAUGCCAAAAUACUGCAGCAACAGCAGCUCUUUCUCCAGCUUCAGAUCCUCAACCAGCAGCAGCAGCAUUACAACUAUCAGACCAUCCUGCCAGCCCCACCUAAGCCUCCAGGAGAGCAGCAGAGUGGUGCCAGUGCCCCUGCUGUACGCAAUCUCUCUGCCACAGUCAGCAGCACAUCCUCAGUAUCUUCUGGUUCCAGUGGGCUGAUGAGACAAAACAGUAAUGCUGCGGUGGGCAAGCCUGGCCCUCUCCCUGCCAACCUGGAUGAGAUGAAGGUAGCAGAGCUGAAGCAAGAGCUGAAGUUGAGGGCCUUGCCUGUCUCGGGCACAAAGACAGACCUGAUUGAGCGUCUCCGAGCUUACCAAGAGCAGAACGGUGCAGCCGGCCAAACAACCCCCACUCCCAAGCCCAGCACAGCAGCUGUCCUCCCUAAAGCUGCCAAAGUGGUAGUGGCCUUCCCAACUGCCAGGCUGAGCACAGGGCCGGCCCUGGUCACCACUGGCAUUGCACCAGCAGAAGUAGUUGUGGCCACAGUUACUGGUGGUGGCGUGAUGAAGUUUGGGAGCACAGGCUCAACUCCUCCUGUUUCUCCAACUCCUUCCGAGCGCUCGCAAAUGAGUACAGGGGAUGAAAACUCGGGCACUGGAGAUACCUUUGGAGAGAUGGUGACUUCACCUCUGACCCAGCUCACCUUGCAGACAUCUCCAGUGCAGUUCUUGGUGAAGGAAGAAAGCUCCAAGUCCGCCUCCUGCAGCAUAAAUGCAGCACCCAGGUCAGAGCGAUGUAGUGCUGCUAACAGCAGAGAUGCAGAAGUUAGGGACAAAGACCAGAUGCUGCAGGAGAAGGACAAGCAGAUCGAGGAACUCACCCGCAUGCUGAAACAGAAGCAGCAGCUGGUGGAGAUGCUUAGGCUACAGCUGGAGCAGGAGAAACGCUCUCAGCAGUCACAGCCAGCCCCAACAGCCGCCGAAGAAGGAACAGCCCUCGCCUCCAAACCAGGAGAGUUUGGCACCCAGGUCAAGACUGAAAACGAUUUCCUGAGUUGCCAGUCUGCGAAGCAAUCCAGUGGCCAAACAGACCAAUUCAGCCCUGCACCAACCGCUAGCCAAAUGGACACUUCGAAUCCAAGCCCAGUGCCAAAGAAAGCUGUGAUGGUGAAGCAGGAGGUGCCAGCCACGGAAGCAGAGCCGCCGUGCCAGCCCCACAGCCCGCGGCUUCUCCUUGGCGAGCAAGGGAGCGCCCUGAGCGACCUCAAGGGCACCCCUUCCCCCCCCCUCAUCACUGACUCCACAGGGACCCACAUCGUCCUCACCGUGACCAAGCAGAGCGCCGAGAGGCAGGGCCUCUCUCCCCACCCUUGGAUGGCAGGGAGCAGCUGCCCACCCUUGCAGAGUGUACAAUCAUCACCCGCUAAAACUUCCAGCCAACUGCCGUGUCAGGUACCUGCAAACACCCCUCAACAGCCCACUCAGCAGCAGCAGCAGCAGCCCAGAGGAUCAGACCAGUCUAAGUCCUCAUCACAGCCUGGCUCUCCUGCCGCCCUUUCCCCCUCCCAGAUGGACCUGGAGCAGCAACAGCACACGCCGCUUUUUGGAACUCCUCCACCUCCUCUUCCGGUUCCCUCGGUCCCAGUAAAAGAGCCACCACCAGGUUAUGAAGAGGCAAUGAAGCAACAGCCAAAGGCCCAGGAGAAUGGCUGUUCCAGUCAGCAGAUGGAUGACCUGUUUGAUAUCCUCAUUGAAAGUGGAGAGAUUUCUGCUGACUUCAAGGAUCAGUCGUCCCCAGCUGGGAAAGAAGCACCUGCGGCCCCAGAUUGUUCCCCACCACCCAGCGGCCACCACUCCUCCGAGCUGGCGGUGCUGGUGUCCCUGGGGCAGCCGGUGCUCGUGGGCAGGCUGGAGGACUUCCUGGAGAGCAGCACCGGCCUCCCGCUGCUGACGGCAGGCCACGAUGGGCCAGAGCCCCUGUCCCUCAUUGAUGACCUCCACAGUGAGAUGCUGAGCAGCUCGGCCAUCCUGGACCACCCGCCUUCACCUAUGGACACCUCGGAAUUGCACUUUGCUCACGAGCCGUCUGGGGGCAUAGCCCUGGAUCUGGCUGAGGCUAACUUGGACAGCAUGGACUGGCUGGAGCUGCCAGGGGGUUCUGUCAUGAGCCUGGCUCCCCUGAGCACCACGGCUCCCAGCCUCUUUUCCACAGACUUUCUUGAUGGACAUGAUCUGCAGCUGCACUGGGAUUCUUGCUUGUAAUUCUGUGAGCAGAGACUGAAGGGAAUGGGAGUGGGAGGGCACAGAGGGAAGGCACAGUGGGAGGCAUGCAGAGGGAAGAGGCCAGUCAACCAAAAAA